AUGAAGGAUGCGUCACCAGCGCCUUCCACCUCCUCCGGGCGAUUCCAGCGCGCGGCUCCUUCGUCUGCGUCGUCUUUUGGACACAACCGCCCGGCACUACGAGAACGCACCUCUCCCAGCUACAGAUCGACGGCCACAAGUCGCUUAAUGGCACCAACGGCAUCGUCGUUAGCGCAUCGAUGA